GGGCUGGAGAGAUAGAGGGAUGCGGUGAAUGAGAGGGGCAGAGGCAGAGCUUGCGGCAGACCCUCUCCCCUCCUUCCUCUCUCCCCCUUUACUGAAGCACUUAGUGAAUUUUUUCUUCUCUUCGGUCCACUUAGCCCUUCCUCUGUGGGAAUGCAUUAGCACGUUUUCCCUCUCAUUUCAUUUCCUCGCAUAAUUUAUCCAACACUGCUUCUGUUUGAGUAUCUGCACUGGAAUGUGUGACUGGCUCCAUAGGCUUGUGUAGCUGCUGUGUUUGUUGGCUUGCAGUGUGCCCUGACCACUGGACUUCAGAGUGCUCGCAUUUCUGCUUCUGAGACACUGAGCCUCAUGCUGAGGAAGAAAGGCUCAGACCUGCUGAAGGACCGUGAGGUUCUGCUGGACCUGGACUACACUGGAGAAACCCAUGGAGCGGACUGCUAUGGCAGCCUGCAGAAUGGAGGCUUCAUCCCACCCAGAUAUCUGAAUGCUGCUGCUGAUGAUGACGAUGAUCCUAUCUACAUUCACUGUGAGAGUACAUCCACACCGCUGACUCAGCCACCGGGCAACUACUUCAGAGAUGGAAAAACUAAAAUAGAUUUUGUGCUGGUGUGGGAGGUGAAGUCACGUAGGAAGCGGAGAGCCCGAGGGAAAGGCCGAGGGGAGGCUGAGGAAGUGGAAGAAGUGCAGGCUGCUCAGGAGGAGAGCAGAUCUGAGAAGAGGAAAGCUCAGCUGGCCCGAUGGAGGGACAAAUUCAUCCAGAAUAUCCAAAGUGCCGGCCUACUGUUAGAAAAGGAGGAAUCAUCCAGUGUGAAAAAAACAGUACACUAUUUGAAGCUCAGCGCUCCCUGGGAUGUGUUGGUGUACUAUGCUGAAGAAUUGUGUCUCAGAGCACCACUACAGGCACAGCCACAUCCAGACUUUAACACCUCAGCCCAGAUUCUCCAGAAACUCUAUGUGCCAAACAUCAUGGCAGACUCUGUGCCCAACAGGCCUGUGGACUACUACACAUGUGCCUUUCGCAAGUCGAAGAUGGAAAAAUUUCUGGGCUCUGAGGAUCAUGAGAAUUACUUUACCAACACACAGAGACAUCGCAUUGUAUAUGAGAUCCUAGCGAGAACUGUAUACGGCAAAAGGAAGCGUGCAGAGGUUGGAGUGGCUCGACUGUUGAAUGAAGGGGCCUUUAAAGCAGCAUUUCCCCUUCAUGAGGGGCCAUUUGAGCUCCCAGGAUUUGACCUCCCUCCUGACCAAUUAAACAAGAGACAGGUUCUGUAUCACUACUGGGCCCGCUGGUCGAAAUGGUACAAAUACCAGCCCCUGGAUCACAUCCGAGAAUACUUUGGGGAGAAAAUUGCCCUUUAUUUUGCUUGGCUUGGCUUUUACACAGCGUGGCUUCUUCCUGCAGCAAUAGUUGGAACGUUUGUGUUUGUGUCCGGCAUCAUGACGAUGAGCUCCAACACCCCAGCAAAAGAAAUCUGUGAAAGUGGAGGCCGGUAUCUGAUGUGUCCUCUCUGCGAAACCUGCAAACCUUGGAAUAUGUCAGACAUUUGCCCCAUGGCUCAGGUGGGCUACUUGUUUGACCACCCUGGCACAGUGUUCUUCAGCAUAUUCAUGUCCUUCUGGGCCGUCACUUUCCUGGAGUACUGGAAACGCAAGAACGCCACAUUGGCCCACCACUGGGACUGCAUGGACUUUCACGAGGAGGAGGAGCCCCCACGUCCAGAGUUUGCAGCCAUGGCCCCUGCAAUGGAGGAAAACCCUGUGACGGGGGUGAAGGAGCCUUACUUCCCGGAGAAGGCCCGGAUCUCCCGCAUGCUGACUGGUUCUAUGGUCAUCGUCAUAAUGCUGUGUGUGGUGAUGAUUUUCCUGGUCACUGUCAUCAUCUAUCGCAGUAUAGUGAGCGUAAUGAUGUAUGAGACUGGGAGCUCUGUACUGCGCACACAGGCUGGGAACAUUGCCAACAUCUCCAGCAGUAUGGUGAACCUGGCUCUAAUAUUGCUGAUGGGGCAGGUGUAUACUGCACUGGCCGAGCAGCUCACUAAAUGGGAAAUGCACAGGACACAGACACAAUAUGAGGAUGCGUUUACGUUUAAGGUGUUCAUCUUCCAGUUUGUCAACUUCUACUCAUCCCCUUUCUACGUAGCCUUCUUCAAGGGCAGAUUUGUCGGCUACCCUGGUCACUAUGGCACUUUGUUUGGAAUGAGGAACGAGGAUUGUGGCCCAGGGUGUCUGAUUGAGCUGGCUGAGCAGCUUUUCAUCAUAAUGAUGGGAAAACAGCUUAUCAACAAUGUUCAGGAGUUUGUCAUACCUAAAGUAAAAGCAUGGAGACAGAAAAAGGCCCUGUCUUCAGUGAAGAAGGCUCAGAGUGGUCUAGAGCCUCAGCGCUGGGAGCAGGACUAUGAGCUGAUCGAGUGUGAGGGGCUCUUUGACGAAUACUUAGAGAUUGUGCUGCAGUUUGGCUUCAUCACCAUCUUUGUAGCUGCAUUCCCACUGGCCCCUCUCUUUGCCCUCCUCAAUAACUGGGCAGAAGUUCGACUGGACGCUCACAAGUUUGUAUGUGAGUACCGACGGCCUGUAGCUGAGCGAGCGCAGAACAUCGGCGUGUGGUUUAUCAUCCUGGAGGCCCUUUCACAUGUGUCUGUCUUAGUAAAUGCUUUCCUCAUUGCAUUUACAUCUGAUUUCCUGCCUCGGCUGCUGUACCAGUAUAAAUUUGAUAAUGAUUUACAUGGCUAUGUCAACUUUACAUUGGCCUACGCUCCACCCAGCUACAACUACUCCAGCCAUGGCAUGUGCAGGUACAAAGCUUUUCGAGAUGACAAUGGGAACUACACUCUAGUAUACUGGGAACUUCUUGCAGUCAGACUUGGCUUCAUCAUUGCAUUUGAGCAUGUGGUGUUCUUUGUGCUGCGUGUGAUUGACUGGAUGGUUCCGGAUGUGCCUGAGUCUCUGGAGCUGAAGAUCAAGCGGGAGCGCUAUUUGGCCAAGCAGGCUCUGGCUGACAAUCAGGAGGCCCUGUUGGUGAGUGGCAGGAUGGCGCACAGCCCAGCAAGCGACACGUUUGGCAACCUGAAGCCGACCUGCAGGGCCAGAGGAUUUCCAGGAGGGGGCACACUCAGAAAGGCAGGCCUGGAUACCCUCAGCACAGAUUCAGAAGGCACACCAUAGCGUUUGGAGACUUAAAAAAAAAAGAUUUGCACUUGGACUAUGUGUCAUUUUGAUGAGCGUGUGUACUUUUUCACUGGAUAGAUGAGUAUAUAUGCAGUUUAGAGACAGCAUGCACAUUUCUGCGUGUCCAUUUUAGUGGUUUGUCACUGGUGCACUUGUAAUGCCAAAAUCCAAGACUGUAAUGCUUCCUAAAUGAGGCCGUUCAUUUGCAGCUACUCUGAGUUAUGAGUAUAGACUUACUUUUGACUGCCUUCAACCAACUGCUCCAUCACAUUGUAGUAAAGUCCAGAUAUAAGACAAAAUUAGAUAUAAUAAGAUAUAAGAGAUACAGUACUGUUCAAAGGUCAGAGAUCACCCUUCAUUUAUUUAAAUAAAAAGUUCUUUUUUCAGUGUCAAGAAAAAAAAGCAGAAAACAUAUUUAAUACAAAAUUAAUUUAAAUAUUAAUAAAGCCUCAACACCUUAAUAUAACAUUUUCUGUUUUUAUUGUGUUCGCCCAUUGCCUAUAUUUCAGCCUGAAUUUAUUGAGACUUGCUUUCAGUUUUUCAAAGAAAUCUGCAAGGAUAUUUUUCCAUACCUCGAAAGUUCAGUCUUAGACGUUGAUAGCAUUUUCUGCUUCACAUAAUCCAAGAAAUCAAAGAGUGGAGCUAGAUUGUCUCUCAAAGAUGAAAGCUUUUAAGUUGCAAUACUGUUUUAUGUGAUAGUGACAGGUCUGUGGUCUUGGAAGGUUGUUAAGAGUUUGGAAAUUCCUGCAUUUUUACUUUUUUUUUUUUUUGUUGACUUUUCUGUCCCCUAUGCAAGUGAAUUGAGUGGAUUAUCUAUUGUCUGAUCUCCUCAGAAAUAUCUCCUGAUAAAUGAGUAACUUGUACCUAUUGGCCAAUUGAAAUCAAAAAAGAACCAUGAUGUCUGAUUUUGCACAGUACUGUUUAUAAUGUAUGAUCAAGUCUCAAUAAAAGAGAACAUUUAGCUUUUCUAUGGUUUAUAUUUGUACCAAUGAGAAAGUGUAGUUGUGAAAAAAAAGGAAUUUAAUCCAUGGUUCAUCAUGUGCUGGUAUAUGAACCGCCUCUCUGUAAUAUAUACUUGCUGAUGUUCACUGAGACUGUGUCACCAUUCUGAUUAUGUUUUGAAAUAAAGCUAGUUUGCUGAAUGUUAAAUUA